AAAUAACAAAUUUGAUUCUCUCUCUCUCUCUCUUUCUCUCCUCGGUUUCUCAGCAAUCUCAUCCUUAGAUCUGCCGAACCAACCAAUCUCACCACGGUUUCUCCGUCGGUCGCUCCCAUACCGGAAACGAAGCUCUUCUUAAGUCUCACGCUCCAUACCCACCACUCUAGUCAUCAUUUCGUCUGUCGUGAAAGCCCCAAAUAGAUCGAAAACCGGCGACUCCGAUUAGCAAUCGGACUCGGAAUCCUGAUCAACUUCAAUUUCUUUAGAAGAACACGAAUUCGAUUCGGAGAUAAGGCUAUCGCAAUCAGAAUCGGAAUCUUGAGUUUGGGUAUUCUCUCUAGUCAUCGGGACUUCAUCGGCGUCAAUCUGGAUGUAGUCCAUGAGGAUUGAUUCUGGGUUUUUGCAAUUUUUGAUUUCUCAGAAUUGCAGAGAUGAGGGCUUGUCAUCGGACGCCUUGCACGGUGCGAUCCGAUCCGAUCCAUUCCGCUCUGAUCCGCGUACGUCAUCAUGUUUCUGUUCGACUGGUUCUACGGCGUGCUCACUUCCCUCGGUCUAUGGCAGAAGAAGGCCAAGAUCUAAUUAUUCCUAGCGCUCGAUAAUGCCGGCAAGACCACCAUGCUUCACAUGCUCAAAGAUGAGAGGCUGGUGCAGCAUCAACCUACGCAAUAUCCCACAUCCGAGGAGUUGAGUAUUGGCAAAAUCAAGUUCAAAGCCUUUGAUUUGGGAGGUCAUCAGAUUGCUCACAGGGUCUGGAAGGAUUACUACGCAAAGGUAGAUGUUAUGGUGUACCCUGUGGAUGCCUACGAUGGUUUUAAGUGGCUCUCUCAAUACAUUACUGCGAAUUGGUUGUUCAAAGUUCUGAGCAGUGCCUUGUGUAGUUAGUUUCUGGAAUUGGUUGGUCUGUAUGCUUACUAUGAAUCUGUGUUUAUUAGAAUGAGGAAUGGAAUCGAUGUGAUUUCAUUCUUGGUUGUUGGCUACUGACAAUUGAAAACUAUGUUGCGAUUACGUUGGGUUUUGCAAGCUCGACAUUUUGUCAAUGUUGCUUAGGCAGUUUGUUCAGUAAAAUUGUUAUUGACCCUGUGUUAAAAAAA